AUGUUCAUCUUAUCAGUACAUGCCAUACUUAAAUAUUUGCAACUGAAAAAAUGGCGAUUCCGUCUUCGCUUUUGUUGAUUGCACAGUUUCUUCUUUCAACUUGCCUUCUAAGGCCAGUGCUCUGUGACUGUAGGGAUGGGUGGACAAAAUUUCAGGGAAGUUGUUACCUGUUUGCAAGUGAGCAAGCAAGUUGGACGGAAGCAGUGGCUUACUGCCGCAGUAUGAACUCAAAUUUGGUUGAAAUUGGAAGCGCAACAGAGAAUGCAUUUGUUGAAGGAGAGCUGAAGAUUAUACACAGUCAUGCGUCAUCCGGAAAUCAAAACGAGGUCUCCUAUUGGUUAGGUGGAAAUGAUAUCGAAAUAGAAGGAGAAUUUAAGUGGGCGAACUCUGACCUUUCACUGACGUUCACGGACUGGUCUCCAGGGCAACCAGAUAACGCUAAUGGUGAGGACUGUAUUGAGCUUAGAGGAGCCUUUCACUAUCACUGGAACGACCUCCCUUGUAAUACUCCCCAUCACUUCAUCUGCGAGACACUAACAUUUGAAAGCAAUGUCAUUGGAAAGUGAGAGAUUAUUCCACAGAAUGAGACCCAAACACAGAAAAUGAGCCUUAAUUUAUAAUAGGUGUUCCACCUUCAACAUGAAUAAAGUUUGCAGAUGAAUUUUAA